AUCUCCAGGAACAAUGUCAGCAGUCUGAAACAGGAAGUAGAAACGCAGGUACAGGAAGCUCAAGACCUGCUGAGCGAUGCCCUCAAUAUCGCUGAAGACAUGAGGAACGGCACGGCUACUCUGGAUGAGACGAGGAAUGAUCUGGAAGGAUGGAGUCCGUCUCUCAGGAAGCACGUGGACGCUUUAGUGAUGGACUUGACCAGAAGAGACGCCCUACAGCUGGUGUACAGAGCCGAGGAUCACGCACAAGCUCUCAGCAAACAGGCACAAGCUCUUAACAGUUCUCUGUCUGAGGUCAGGUCUGCAGCAGCAAACGCCACCAGCGCCACUCAAACCAACACCAACCUCAGAGAACACACACAGCUGGCUGAAGAUCUGGCCCACGCAGCCAAUCAGAGCAUUAGCUCCGCCCUCAAUCUGGUACGUCGACCAAUCACAGCUUCAGGAGACUGUUACAUGAGG